CUACGCUCGAAAUAUCUAGAGCUCUCUAGCUUUACGAUAAACCUCAUAACUAUACCAGCUAGUAGCUGUGAGUGCGAGCGUCUAUUUAGUAAGUUGGGCGAUCUACUAGAGCCGCGGAGGCGUAAUAUUGGCGCAAACUUAUUAGCAGUAUUACAAUAUGUCAAAAGCUGGCAAGCUGCU